UAUAGAAAGAAAAUUUAGAAAAGAGCAAUUGGGUUUGCGUUGUUUCACUCCCUUCUUUCUUUGUGGUUUGAGCGAAGCCGUCAAAAACAGCGAAACACAACACUCUCAGAUCUGCAGCAGCUUCAAUCUCUACGCCGACGCGCCUCUAACAUUCAUAUCUCUCUCUCACUCUCGGCUCAGAUCCCACGCCGAUCUUCCUCAGCUUCCGUUCAUCUUUCUCUCUCUUCAUCGUAGCAACCAAAUUCUGCUUUAAAAGAACAAAAAAAAAUUGAAUUUUGAGACUUGGGUUCUCAUGAAUUCCCCCUCUCCGGCAGGUGACAGUUGGUGUUAGUUACAUGGAGUGGGGUGAUAAUAACAACCACUACAAAACUUAUAAAGGCGACCAAAAACCAAUGAUGGAUGUGGCUCUCAUUUCAAACAUGGAUCCAGUUAACAUUGACCUGAGUUCUUCAGAUAAGUCAGUUCCUGUUAAUCCACAGAAACCAAGAAAGAAAACAAUGACAUCGGUUUUUUUGAAGUUCUUUGAGACAGCCACCGAUGGGAAGACUCGAAAAUGCAAGUUUUGUGGACAGAGUUAUUCUAUUGCAACUGCCACAGGCAAUUUGGGACGGCAUCUUGCUAAUCGCCAUCCAGGUUAUGAUAAGUCAACGGGAGAGGCUGUCAAUAAUGCAGCACCCCGGCCCACGGCUGUGGCCAAGAAGUCUCAGCCUCAAACUCAGCCUCAACCUCAACCUCAGCCUCAGUCUCAGCCUCAGCCUCAGCCUCAGUCUCAGCCUCAAGUAAAAGCAAACCGGGUGGAUUAUGAUCAUCUAAACUGGUUGCUGAUUCGGUGGCUCGUUUUAGCUUCUCUCCCUCCUUCAACUCUGGAAGAGAAAUGGCUUGUAAAUUCCUACAAGUUUCUAAAUCCAUCUAUACAGCUCUGGUCAGGUGACAAGUACAAGAAUGUGCUGGGAGAAGUUUUUAGAAGCAUGAAGGAAGAUGUGAAAGCGAUGUUAGAACAUAUUUCUUCCAAGUUCUCCAUUACUCUUGAUUUUUGGACUUCUUUUGAACAGAUCUUCUAUAUGAGUGUAACAUGUCAUUGGAUUGAUGAAAACUGGUGUUUCCAGAAACUGCUUCUUGAUAUCUUGUACAUACCCUAUCCAUGUGGUGGUGCAGAGAUUUAUCGAUCGCUUAUAAAGGUUCUUAAAUUCUACAAUAUUGAAAACAGAAUCAUGUCCUGCACCCAUGAUAACAGUCAAGGUGCAAUGCAGGCCUGCCAUACAUUGAAAGAGAACUUGGAUGGUCAGAAAAUAGGGCCAUUCUGUUAUAUUCCAUGUGCUGCUCGAACUUUGAAUUCAAUAAUAGACGAUGGAUUGAAAUCUGCAAAAAAAGCCAUUUCUAAGAUCCGCGAGUUUGUAAUGGAGUUAAAUGCUUCAUCAGUGAUCUCUGAAGAUUUUGUUCAACUGACGGCAGCAUAUCAAGAAGGUUCUUGGAAAUUUCCUCUUGAUUUUACGACAAGGUGGAGUGGAAACUACCAGAUGCUUGAUCUUGUGUGCAAGGCAGGUAAAUCAAUGGGAGAUGUUAUCGGUAAAUAUGAUGAAAUUCUAGAUAGCAGAAUGCUUCUGAGCUCCGCGGACAAGAGUUUGGUUAACAUCAUGCAUCAGUAUCUUGAACCAUUCUACAAGACCACAAACAACAUAUGCACCACUAAGGUUCCAACAGUGGGGCUUGUCCUUUUCUUCAUGGAUCAUAUAUUAGAAACAAGUGCUACGUCCAGCGAAUCGCGACACAGCCCGGAAUGGCUAAAAUCUGCUGCAGAAGGAAUGACAGAAAAAGCCAAAAAUUAUAUUAGUCAGGUUUCUAACAUAUUUACAUAUAUGACGGCGAUCCUAGAUCCUAGAAUCAAGGGAGAGCUGAUCCCAGAGGGUUUAACCUCGGAAAAUUUUCUGGAUGAAGCGAGAACACACUUCAUGAGAAACUAUUCUACCAGUCAUUUUCCAUCCAUGAGUUCUGGUUACAAUGCACAAGAAACGGAAGAUGGAGGAAGCGUCUCUUUUGCGGAGGAAAUAGCUCGCAAGAAACGCCGAGCAAGCAUGAACUCUGCCACAGACGAGCUUACACAGUACCUGGCGGAGGCUCCAGCCCCGAUACCAACAGAUGUCUUGGAGUGGUGGAAGGUUAAUAGCACAAGAUAUCCUCGGCUAUCCGUUAUGGCUAGAGAUUUCCUUGCUGUGCAAGCAACUUCGGUUGUGCCUGAAGAACUCUUCUGCGGCAAGGGCGACGAAAUUGAGAAGCAAAGGUUCUGUCUCGCACAUGAUAGCGCGCAAGCUAUUCUGUGUAUCAAGUCGUGGAUUCAGGCUGGCAUCAAGUUCAAGUUCAAGUCGACCGAGAUAGAUUAUGAGAGGUUGAUGGAACUUGCAGCAACAUCUGCUGCUGCAACAGAUAACAGCCCUGCUAGUUCUGACAAGAAGCAAAAAUAAACAUUGUCACUUUUAGAUUAUAUCUUGAUUUGGGACCAAAGAAUGUUUUGAAAACUUAUUGUUGUAUGUAUUAGUGUAAUGUAUUAUUUUGUACAGUUGAAUUCUGCUAGUAACUUAACCUUGAAAGAAACACGUUCAACAAGCACCUUGUCGCAA